UCUUCGAUGCACGAAACGAAGCACGAUUGAAUAAUCGCUGUAUUAUUUCUGAGCUGUGAUUGUAGUGCUUGGAUUGUCUAAAAGUUUUAGAAGGGAAAAAUGGCUAUGAUUCGCCAAAUUCUAAUAAAAAACGACACCUUUCUGCGGCUGGUGGUCGCACGGACCUUCUGCAGCCCCACAACCGGUAGAACUGGGGCCGCGGGUGGUGCAAAGCCUGUUCCUCCGAAGUCCGCGUCUGGAGAUGUUCCUGGAUUAAGUAGUAAGUGCGUUCACAGCAAAUCCGGACCUAUAGGACCGGGAGCAUCCAGGGACGGCGAGUAUAAAGUACCGGAGUACUUCUGCUACGAUAAAGGCAGUUAUUUCGAGGCUGAAGUCGAAAUGGAAAAGUUUCGGUUGCCACAACCUAGCGCAAAGCAGUAAACGGAUCAGCUGUGCGAUGGAUUCUAUAAAUGAAAGUGUAUAUAAACUAGCCAAAUAAAGGUAGUAAUUUGAAAAAUAUA